UUACUCAAACAUUCAACGUUGAGGUUUAAUAAAAUCCAGUUAAAAUGAGGACGCUGGUCGCCCUUUGUCUUCUAGGAUGUCUUCUUAUCGUUUGUUCAGGCCGAGAAAUCGGUCAGAAAGAAAGCGACUUAGUAGCGGCAGCCAGUGAUCACAAAGGUCAUCAGCACGAAGAGGGCGGCGGCAAAGAACACCACGCAGAACACCACCACGAACACGGUGAGAAGGGCCACAAAGGACAUAAAGGACACCAUCAUCACCACAAAGGGGAACAUGGAGAACAUCACAAGCACCAUCAUGCCGGUCAUCACCACGAUCACAAGGGAGAACACAAGAAACACUGGGAUGAACACGAUCACCACGGAAAGCACCACGAACAUGGACAUCACCACAAGGGUGGUAAACACCACCAUAAGAAACAUCAUGAUAAAGGCGAGGAAACCGAAGGCUACCAUAAGAAGUACCAUAAGGACGAGUACCAUAAAGACCACCACUUCUAUGACGACCACCACAAGGAAGGCAAGCAUCACAAGCACGGCGACCAUCACGGACACCACGAGAAACAUGGAGGACACCACAAGAAAGGCGGUCAUCACCAUUCCGGACAUGAUGAACAUCAUUACGGUAAAAAAGGACACCACGACAAACACCACUAUGAUGAAGACCACAAGGGACACAAAGGGCACCACGGCCACGAGGAACACCAUCAUCACCAUCAUGAUCAUGGAAAGAAAGGCGGUCAUGAGGACCACAAGCAUUGGGGAUUCCACCAUGGAAAGCACUCUAACGUAACUUUACUACGAAUCGCGACUCUUGAAAUGAAGUUCUUGUUAUGGACGGUGCUGCUGGUGUGUGCGCUAGCAUCAUCGCAUGGCCGAAACUUCGGUCUUACCGACAAUGAAAGCAAAGCGAAUGGACCCGCUGCCAGAGCCGCGGAAAAUACUGGUCUCGUCGCCGGUAUAGCGAAGGUCGACCAGAUAACUGCAGGCACGGAAAAGAAAGAAGCCAAAAGUACUAAUCAAGAAUCGGGCGGAGGCCACGAGCAUCAUGCGCAUCACCAUAAGGAAAAUGAGGAAAAGGGAGACAAGGGCUAUAAGUCGCAUCAUCAUCACGACAAAGGUGAACACGGUCAUAAGGAGCAUCACCACCACGAAGGUCAUCAUGAUGAGCAUGGAGGACACAAGAAGAAGCAUCAUGACGAGCACGAUCACCAUGGCGAACAUCACGAAGCUGCACAUGGCCACAAAGGUGGCAAAUUUGGCCACAAGAAGGGUCAUAAGAAGGGUUCGAAAACCACAGGCUACCAUCACAAGUCUCACAAAGAUGAAUACCAUAAGGAACAUAAGUUCUACGACGAUUUCCAUAAAGGUGGACAUCAUCACAAGCACGGUGACUUCCACGGCCAUCACGAUAAGAAAGACGGCCAUCACAAGAAAGGCGGACAUCACGAAAAGGGACAUCACGAGAAACAUCACGGCAAGAAGGGUCAACAUGACAAAGGACACUACGACGAAGACCAUAAGGGACACAAGGGACAUCAUGGUCAUGAGGAACACCACGCACACCACCACGAGCACGGCAAAAAGGGCGGACACGAGGGCGGAAAGGAGCAUGGAUACAGCCAUGGAAAGAAGGCUUAA